AUGUUUAGGCAAAUUUUCAUUAAUUCUAUUCACACGCCUCUGCAAAAUAUUUUGUGGCGAGAUAAUCCACAGAAACCUAUAAUUUGUUUACAGUUGCAAACAGUUACCUAUGGUUUGAAAUCAUCUACAUACUUAGCUACAAGGUGUUUGUUGGAGCUUGCUUAUAUCUAUAAAGACAGGUUUCCACUAGCUGCAGAUGCUAUAAUUAGAAAUACUUAUGUAGAUGAUAUAAUAUGUGGCGCUGACAACAUAGAUCAGCUUCGGAAUCUGAAACAAGAGCUUAUACAAUUAUUAAGCCUUGGCAGUUUUACACUACAUAAAUGGUGUUCAAAUAAUACACAAAUUUUAGAAGAUAUACCAUCAAAUAGGAGGUAUUUUGAGCAUAUUAAUAUUAAUAAAGACAACAUGAUUAAAACUUUAGGAUUAAAAUAUAAUAUACUUACCGAUUCCUUCGUAUUUUCAUGUCCAGCGCAAGAUUUAAAGUUACUUAAAACUAAAAGGGAAAUUUUAAGUUUUAUAGGUAAAAUAUAUGAUCCUUUGGGACUUAUUGGCCCUAUAAUAGUUACAGCUAAAUUGUUUAUGCAAAGUUUAUGGAGUUUAAAAAUAAAUUGGGAUGAGGCUAUACCCUCAAGCCUGCUAGAUAAGUGGUAUAAAUUUGGUGAAAGUUUAGAGAAGAUGAAUCCCAUCAAUACUCAGCGUGGUAUUGUUUUUGGUGAUACUAAUAAUGUAGAGCUGCUCGGUUACUGUGAUGCUUCAUUUGAUGCAAUAGCAUGCUGUCUCUAUUUAAGAGUUUUUCAUAGAGAUGGUAGAGUUAGUGUAGCCUUACUGUGUUCUAAGUCUCGAGUAGCACCUUUAAAGAAAACACUCACAAUUCCAAAUUUAGAACUAAAUAGUGCUCUUCUUCUCUCUCAAUUAACACACAAAGUAAAUAAUACACUUAAGGCGCGUUUUCCUUUAAGAACGAUUUUGCAUUCAGAUUCACAGAUAGUUUUAGCUUGGUUAGGUAACAAGAACAUAAAGAAAAAUACUUAUGUUUCAAGAAGAGUAAGAGAAAUUACAGAUUUAACUAAAGAUUUUACCUGGACCUAUGUCAAAGGUAAAGACAACCCUGCAGAUUUGUUGUCGCGGGGAACUGCUCCACAUAAAUUGGAGGAGAGCUACAUGUGGUUUCAUGGACCACAGUACUUGUCUGAUAAAUACUAUGAACAUAUUAUGUAUGAUUAUAAAUCUUGUGUAGUGACGGAUAGUAUGCCGUGUGAUACCCUUAUAAAUAGUGAUAAAUCAGUUAAAAAAUUUUGUAAUGUAGGACAGUUCGAUUUAAGAGGACGUUUAGAUAAUACACCAAACAUUUCAUAUGAUAAAAAGCAUCCAAUAGUUUUACCCAAGUCAGACCAUGUUACACAUACUCUUAUAAAUUCUGAACAUUUAAGACUAUUACAUGCUGGAGCUAAGUUAGUUCUCAGUUCAUUAUCGCAGGCAUAUUGGAUAGUAGGUGGUAUUCGCGAAGUCAAAAAGGUACUCCAUAGGUGUAUUGGAUGCUUCCAAAUCAAGGCCGCAACUGCUAAACAGCUUAUGGGUUCAUUACCUGCAGAGAGAACUACUCCCGCUUGA